AUGUCUUCUACUUCCUCUUUUUUGAACUCUUCCCCGCGGGUUGGGGAAACGAUAAGCAAAUGGGGCUAUUCAUUCAAGUGGACUGAUAGCCACCUCGCCCAGGAGACAAUCAAGCCUUUGCGCCAGGAGUAUGAUACCCUUGGUGCUGCGGCAUUGGAGCGAAUCCAAGCAGUUCGUGCUGCUCUGCUCGAAGAAAGCAAAGCGAAAGGCACUUCUCCGCCCCCAAACGAUCUCUACAUUCUUCUUCGAGAUCACCACAGCGAAGACGAGACGCUGUCCCAGUUCUGGAAUGAGCUCCAUACCGUUCCUGACUGGGUAGAUUGGGAACAGCUCGAACGGGGCCAGAGGUUCUUCUACCGGUACGCCAUUGCAAACAUCGUCGGCUUUGCGUUGCAAGGGUUUAUGGCGGAAAAUUCGGCCGCCUCGGGAGUCGUCGAGGUCCUCGUCCGAACCGUGGCUCAUCCAGGUCACCUCGCCGCCAUCCAGCCUGGAGGCGAUGGUCACAUUGCAACGAUCAGGGUCCGACUCCUCCAUUCCGCGGUCCGACAACGAAUCCUCAAGCUGUGCGAGAGGAAGCCCGAAUACUACGACGUCAGUCAACACGGGGUCCCAGUCAACACUCUCGACUCGAUCCACUCCAUCAGCACCUUCAGCUGCAACCCUAUGUGGCUUCAACUGCCCAAGUUUGGAGUGAGGCCUUCCCAACAAGAGAUCGACGACUAUAUUGCUCUAUUCCGGUACCUGGGAUACUUGCUCGGUACUCCACCAGCAUCCUUUGAGACAUCCGAGAAAGCCAAAUUGACCAUGGAGAGCUGCUACCUCCAUGAGCUCCGGAUAACAGAGACCUCACGCGUGGUGGCUUACAACUUUGUGCAUCGGUGGAUCAACGGCGACGAGCUUUGCGAUGAGCUUGGCCUCGGACGGCCAGGGGUAUGGCACUACCUGGCUUUCACGGGGCAUUGCGUGCUGGUAGUGUUUAUGGCUUGGAUGCAGCGUCUUGUUCCUGGUCUUGAUGGCUUUGUGAUCAAUCUUUUCCGAUCAAUUCUAUACAGAGGCAUUGUGCAAAGGAAGUCCCGUACUAGCUUCCCGUUCCAGUAUGUUCCGCAAGAGGGCAAGAAAACGGGCAGGGAAGCAUAUCAGGCUGGCAUAAAGGUUCAGAACGAUCGGAAGAUGAGUCACGUAUCCAUCGGCCUGUUUGAGUUCAUAUGCUUGUCUGUGGUCCUUGUCUUCGGCAGUAUCACGGUGGGAGAGCAGUAUCAAACUAUCUUGGAAGCUGUGUAG